CAGCUCUAGGACCCUGCGGCCCGCCGCUGUCUGGUGCCGGAGCAGCGCACCUACUCCGCCAGACUCUUGAUCAGUUAUUUGCAUGCAAGUGUCCAUCCGGAGGGUCAGUCUGGAGAUGGCUGCGUAUCGGAUGGGGAGGCGUUAUAACAAUAAGAUCCACUCACCGAACCGAGGCACCAGCCGGGAAGCUGGACUGAGUGUGCAGAAGAGACAAGCACGAGUCACAGUAAAAUAUAAUAGAAAGGAACUCCAGAGGCGCCUGGAUGUGGAAAAGUGGAUAGAUUGUGGACUUGACGAGCUGUAUUUGGGAAGGGAAGAGGAUAUGCCAGAAGAAGUGAACAUUGACGAGCUACUAGAUCUACAAAGUGAUGAAGAAAGGAUGCAGAAGCUUAAGGACAUUCUUCAUACCUGUGGAAACAACACAGACGUCUUCAUCACAGAAUUGGUGAAUAAACUUCAUGGUUUGCAGAAACAAGAAGAUCUUCACAACAAUGGGAUUGAACAUCCCCAGCUUCACAUCUUCCCUGAUUGCCAGGGCUCUCCUGACACUGAGAGAAACUGAGCACCUGCUCAAACAUCUACAUCUCUUCAGUCUCCUGUAUUAAAAACGCUUCACAUCAAGGCAUCAGCAGCACAUGUUGCUGUCUUUAAUUUGUCAAAUAACAAAACAAAAAAAGAAAGAAAAA